UGCGUGGAUGCGCGAGCAGCAAGCCAGGCGGCAGCCGCUCUGAUCAGUACGGCCGCGCGCAGACGCGUGAAGGGAAGGGACAUCCCCCCCACUUCAAAAACCCUUUCGCGACUCCAGGAUUAGAAGCUGCACGUCUAUCGAGUUUGUGUCUUUUGCGCGGGGAGAGCUGUGAUAUUUUUUUUAAUUGUUUUAUUUGAUUUUUCCACAUUAAAUUUUAUUUCAUUUGCGUGUUUUUUUUUAAAUUUAUUUCCCGUGGACUGACAGAGGAGUUGUUCUCGUGGACAUGGGGAGAAGUGGACUAGUAGGACGCGGGCGGGGCAUGUGCGCUACGCCGGGCGCCCUCCUCUUCCUCCUGGGGUUCGUCCACGCAGGAUUCGGCCAAGUGCGAGACGACGACGACUUCCUGAGCCUGAGCGAGCUGCCCGAGACGUUCCCGUCUGACCCGCCCGAGCCGUUACCACACUUCCUGUUCGAACCUGACGAGGGCUACAUCGUCAAGAACAAGCCCGUCAACCUCUACUGCAAGGCCACCCCCGCCACGCAGAUCUACUUCAAGUGCAACAGCGAAUGGGUCCACCAGAAGGACCACACAGUGGAAGAACGUGUGGACGAGAACUCAGGUCUGGUGGUAAGGGAAGCCAGCAUAGAAAUUACCCGGCAGCAGGUUGAAGAGCUGUUCGGCCCGGAAGAUUACUGGUGUCAGUGCGUCGCGUGGAGCUCUGCCGGAACCACCAAAAGUCGCAAGGCCCAUGUACGCAUCGCAUACCUCAAAAAGUCCUUCGAGCAGGAGCCUCUUGGCAAGGAGGUGUCCCUAGAGCAGGAGGUGCUUUUGCAGUGUCGCCCACCAGAGGGCAUACCAGCGGCAGAGGUGGAGUGGCUGAAAAAUGAAGAGAUCAUCGACCCAGCGGAGGACAGAAACUUCUACAUCACCAUCGACCACAACCUGAUCAUCAAGCAAGCACGACUGUCGGACACGGCCAACUACACGUGCGUGGCCAAAAACAUCGUGGCCAAAAGACGCAGCACGACGGCCACUGUCAUUGUUUACGUCAAUGGCGGCUGGUCGACGUGGACUGAGUGGUCGGUGUGCAACAGCCGCUGUGGGCGAGGCUUCCAGAAACGAACUCGCAGCUGUACCAACCCCGCCCCCUUAAAUGGCGGACUGCCUUGUGAUGGACAGGCCAUCCAGAAACUGCCUUGUACCUCCUUGUGCACCGUGGACGGUGAGUGGACCGAAUGGAGUAAGUGGUCGGCCUGUGGGACUGAAUGUACCCAAUGGAGGAGGCGCGAGUGCAACAACCCGGCACCCAAAAACGGCGGGAAGGACUGCGAGGGUCUGGUGCUUCACUCUCAGAACUGCACCGACGGACUCUGUAUGCAAAGUUCAUUGUUUGAGACGUCCAAAGAAAAGAGUGAUGUGGGAUUCACAUCGGCUCCGAGCACUGACGACGUGGCUCUGUAUGUGGGCGUGGUCAUUGCCGUCAUCAUGUGCCUGGUCAUCUCGGUCAUCGUGGCGCUCUUUGUGUACCGCAAAACACACCGCGACUUCGACUCGGACAUCAUCGACACGUCGGCGCUCAACGGAGGCUUUCAGUCGGUCAACAUCAAGACGACCAGAUCAGCUGAUCUGUUUACAGCCCCUCCCGAUUUGACAAAUGCCGCCACCAUGUACAGCGGUCCCGCUUAUGUCCUCCGCCACGUGUCCAAUAAAAUCCCAAUGACCAACUCUCUACUCUUAGAGCCCCUCCCCAACCUGAAGAUCAAGGUGUACAACUCCUCCGGCCUCGUCACGCCGCAAGACGACCUCGGAGGAGACUUCACGUCCAAACUCUCCCCAAAGUUAACCCAGUCUCUGCUGGAGAACAGCGACACGAUGAACCUUCGUAACCACAGCUUGGCCCGCACUCGAGACCCUUCAUGCACCGCUCACGGAUCCUUCAACAACCAGGGAGGACACCUCAUUGUGCCCAACUCUGGAGUGAGUCUGCUGGUUCCGGCGGGCGCGGUCCCCCAGGGUCGGGUCUACGAGAUGUAUGUGACGGUGCACAGGAAGGACAGCUCCAGACCCCCAUUGGAGGACGUGCAGACUGUGCUGAGUCCAGUGGUGAGCUGCGGGCCUCUGGGAGCUCUGCUGACCAGACCGGUCAUCCUUACCAUCCACCAUUGUGCUGACAAUGUCCAUGAGGACUGGCUCAUACAGCUAAAAAACCAACUGGCCAUGGGCGAGUGGGAGGAUGUAGUGGUGGUGGGCGAGGAGAACUUCAUCACCCCCUGCUACGUGCAGAUGGACUCUGAGGCCUGUCACAUCCUCACGGAGACUCUGGGCACGUACUGUCUGGUGGGCCAGUCGGUGGGCAAGGCGGCCGCAAAGAGGUUGAAGCUGGCUGUCUUUGGCCCUGUUUCCUGCACCACGCUGGACUACCACAUCAGGGUGUACUGUCUGGAUGACACGCAGGAUGCACUCAAGGAGGUUCUUCAGAUGGAGACGCAAAUGGGAGGCAAGCUCCUGGACGAGCCCAAGACCCUCAACUUUAAGGACAGCACACACAACCUGAGACUAUCCGUCCACGACGUGCCGCACCCGCACUGGAAGAGCAAACUCAUUGCCAAGUAUCAGGAGAUCCCCUUCUACCAGGUGUGGAACGGAAACCAGAGGAGCCUCCACUGCACCUUCACGCUAGAGAGGAUGAGCCCGGCCGUGACCGAGGUCGGCUGCAAGCUGUGCGUCAGGCAGGUGGAGGGCGAGGGCCAGAUAUUUCAGCUCAGCAACACCCUGGAGGAGGAGCUCCAGUGCAUAGACACAUCCCUGAUGGACCCGGCCAGCAACAUCACUACCUUAGUGGGGCCCAAUGCCUUCCGCAUCCCCUUGUCCAUCAGACACAAACUGUGCGGCAGUCUGGACGCGCCGCAGACACGAGGCAACGACUGGAGAAUGCUGGCCCACAAGCUCAACUUGGACAGGUACCUGAACUACUUCGCCACCAAGUCCAGUCCAACGGGCGUCAUCUUGGACCUGUGGGAGGCCCAGCACUUCCCCGAUGGGGACCUCAACGAACUGGCUGCCGUGCUUGAAGAGAUGGGUCGCCAUGAUGGAAACUUCUGCUCCAUGACCGUGGAACAUUGACCGGGCUAGGCGACCAACGACACGGACAAAUGGCAACGGUGACCACAUACGCGGGCCAGGCUAACGGAGGAAGACGCUAGCGCAAUGACCCAAAAACAAUCAAACAAACAAAACAAAACAAAAAACGCUUUGGGGAGUGUUUGUACGACUUUCUACCUGUCGGGAACUAACUAAGCUAGCCAUGUUACUUAAAAGUGGCAUCGGAUGUAGCGGGCUAACAAAACGAGCUAAGGAAGUUGAUUGAAGGAAAGCCUUAGCAACAGUUGCUUACUGUUAGUGGGCGUGAAUGAAAGAUAGCUUGAAAAAGUGCUUUGGGGAGUGUUUGUAUGACUUUUCCCUGUCACGAACAAACAUAACUGGUGAUGUUACUGAAAAGUGGCAUCAUAUGUAAUGGGCUAACAAAACAAGCUAAGGACAUAGACUGCGAGAAGGCAUUAGCGACAGUUGCUUAACACUAGUGAGCAUAAGCAGAAGAUAAGAAAAAAUGCUUUGGGGAGUGUUUGUAAGACUUGUGGGGAACAAACUAAAGUUACUGAAAAAGUGGUACCGCAUGCAGUGGGCUAACAAAAUGAGCUAAGGAUAUAGAUUGAAUGAAAGUGUUAGUGAUGGUUGCUAACUGAUAGCGAGCGUAAGUGGAAGAGAGCAAAAAAAAAAAGAAAACGCUUUUGGGAGUGUUUGUUUUACUUUUUUCCUGUCGUGACCAAAUUAUAGUAGCGAUGUCACUUAAAAGUGGCAUUGGAUGUAAUGGGUUAGCACAACGAGCCAAGGAUGUCGAUUGAGGAAAAGCGUUUGUGACGAUUGCUAACCGCUAGUGAGCGUAAACAGAGGAUAGCUAAAAUAAAAUGUUUUGGGGAGUGUUUUUUUUUAUUUUUUAUUAUUAUUAUUAAUUUUUUACCCGUCUCGUGAUGUUACUUAAAAGCGGCAACAUCUGGAGCGGGUUCACAAAACGAGCUAAGGACAUAGGUUGAGUGAAAGCGUUAGCGACAGUUGCUAAAUGAAAGAUAGCUUGAAAAAUGCCCAGGGAGUGUUUGUUCGACUUUUUACCCUUAAAAAACAAAACAAACUAAAGUUUGAGGGAAAUAAUUAGCGACAGUUGCUACCCGGUAGCAGGCGUAAACAGACGAUAGCUCAAAAAAUAUGAUGCAAAUAAAAAGGCAAGAGGUUAAAUGACCCCGCGAAUCAGAGGCGCAGUCCUAUAGCAACUGUCAAUCAAUGGUCCUGCCUAGCAACAUGCCCCUCGCCCACCUGCACUUGGAUGAUGUCAUCAUUCGACCGUUUUCCGUGAGACGCAUGGCAGAUGGAAAAAAAGUGCAGAUGUAUUUAGAUGAGCAGGGUUUAUUUUUAUGUGUACAUGCGAAAAGCAGAUUCUCCCUAAUUAUUAUUCAUAUUUUUAUUUAUGAUACUAAUUAUUAGAAUGAAUGAAUGCAAGCCAUGGUAAGAGCAUUAAUGCGUUACAACUGCAGUAAGCAGUAUUAGUUUUCAUAAUGACUAACAACCAGCGAGGGGUAAAAAAAAGAAAGAGAGAGAGCGAGAAAAAGGAUGCAGUGAAUGCACCACGAUUGAUAGACUCGUUUUAUUUCCCCCCCUAUAGUUUUCAAAUACGUCAUACAUAUUCAUGCAGUUGGAGCGUCUCUGCUGUAAUAAUGUGAUGUCACCAUCAUGACUUUGUUGAUCUGUAGCGCCAUCAAGUGGUCUUUACAAUACUGUUUGUGUUUUUAUUUCGGUGAAUUGUGUAAAUACAUGAUUAUCAUAUAUAUAAAUUACUUUUAUUUUA